AUGUCACAAUCUCUGCCCAAGACCACCAAGCAGUGGAACGUUGUAGACGAAGGCGGACUUGCUUCGCUCCGAUUCAGCGAACAGCCCGUGCCUGAUCUGGGAGAUAACGAAGUCCUCGUAAAAUUACAUGGCGCUGCUGUGAAUUUUCGUGACCUAGUCAUCCACCAGGGGAAAUAUCCGUGGCAUGUCAAACCCAACGUCAUUCCUGGGUCAGACGGAGCUGGUGUUGUUCUGGCCGUCGGGAAACAUGUGAUUCGAUUUCAACCAGGAGAUAAAGUUAUCACGGUCCUCAAUCAGACACACGCUGCAGGGUCACCCGACAUCCUAACGUCAAAGUUCGGGCUAGGCGCUGGGGUUGACGGUACCUUUCGCACCGUCGGAGUGUUCAACGAGCAAGGACUGGUGACAAUGCCUGAAGGGAUAAACUUCAUUGAAGCUGCCUCUCUGAGCUGCGCCGGGGUGACGGCUUGGAACGCUCUGUUUGGACUUGAGGGAAAGAAGACUUCUGCAGGCCAAUGGAUCCUCACUCAGGGCACUGGGGGCGUCAGCCUUUUCGCCGUGCAGUUCGCGAAAGCAGUUGGCGCGAGAGUCAUCGCCACUACUAGCUCUGAUGAAAAGGCAGAAAUACUUAAAAGGCUUGGGGCUGACCAUAUCAUUAACUAUCGGAAGACGACAGACUGGGGCGUGGCUGCAAAACGCUUGACAGGAGGUGGUGGGGUCGACCUUGUUGUCGAAAUUGCUGGAAAUAGCACAUUGAAGCAGAGCGUAGCCAGUGUAAAGCUUGACGGCACCGUCGUAACUGCCGGUUUUGCUGGAGGCGAUGGCCAAGACCAAGGUCUGCCAACUUUGCUGGACACUUGGCUCAGUUUGUUCACCGCUCGAGGUGUGUGGGUUGGUAGCAGGCUUCAGAUGGAGGAGAUGUGCAAGGCAAUUGAAGCCAAUCCAGACAAGCUACGGCCUGUUCUUGAUCCCAAAAUCUUCAAAUUAGAAGAUCUGGAGUUGGCAUAUCAAUACCUACAAACCGGAAGGCAUCAGGGCAAAGUCGGCAUUGACAUCUCCUGA